UGCCACAGUGUGGAAAGCAUUGGCAGCAGCCAAGACUACUAUCUGCUUCUCAUGACCGAUGUCGACCGUAUUUCCGCAGACCCGUACGCCCAAUGGAGCAGCAGUAUUUGCAUCCCAAAUAGAGAAGAAAGCCCAUGCUUUGCGAGACAGAUGGUUGCCAUGAUCAUCAAACGAAUCCUUCGCAGCCUCAGUGCGCGAUCCAAUGCUGAGAUGUCUGACGCGUGGAUUGUGAUAUGAAUGGGGGAAAAUGGUCGGCAAGAGCAGGGAAUCGUUGGAGGAACACGUCCGAUGGCAAGUGGCCGCG